AUUGCCCAUCUAUAGUUACGUUUGUUGGACAAAAAAAAUAACCGUAACUUACUUGACAAACGCAUUUGAUGCUGUCAAUCUGACGUCUGGUCAGCUGGUGUUUGUUAUUGUUAUUGUAUUUUUUUAGGAAUCCGGUACUUCGCAAUAAUUUGUUUUCAAUAUUAAAUACCGGUUGCCAUACAAUCAUAAAGUUGAAGUUAGUUGAAAGAGAAGAAAUGUUGCGCCAGAUGAAGUGUGUUGAUGUGUUCCACGCACUGCAUAAAUGUACGUACCCUGGCUGUUUGGGGCAAGCGUCCACUGCCUGGGUCAUUUCACCCCUUGCCUACAACUUUCUCCAGUCUUUGACGAGAAGCGACGUGAAGGACGACAAAUAUGUAAAGAUUAAUGAAGCUUUGAAAGCCAAAUCAGUUUAUAGAAGCAUGACUGCAGCAUUUUAUGCACCAUCAAUCAAUUUAGAAGAGAAGUUAAAGAUAAGUAAAUCAAAAAAUAUGAAUAUGAAGCAAGUUGAUUUUUCAAAGGAGCAAGCUGGAGACAUUAUUAGUGAGUGGGCAAACCAACAAGAUGACUUUAAAACAUUUAAUAUAGAGAAAAGUAUUCCAGCAGAUAUUCUGUACGCUGUAGUCGACAUGUCUAAUUUUCAGGGUGCGUGGGAAAAAAAGAGCUCAAAAGGUAGAUUUAUGAAAAUUCACAAUUCGUUUAACUACACGCAGGAUAUAAACUACGAAGCGAGGAUCAUGGAGCUCCCGACUCAAGACAGUGAUUUCCGUGUGAUAGUGCUAGCGCCCAGUCAGACGGAUCUGCUCCACACACUGUUCCGACGACUGACUAACGAAGGACUGGCUGCCAGCUUUGCCAGCGUUCAGCCACUCUUCUCCGUUGACUCUGUGUUUACGCCGCCAGACAUCGCAAUUACUUCACAUACUAAUAUAAGCUCAAAAGAGAGAGACAAAAGUGAAAGCAGAAUAGUUCAAUACGGCACGACUGAAAUAAAUAACUUGGGAGUUCGAGCCAAAGUACUUUCCUGCCUGUACUCCACUAAAAAGUUGCCUCCAUAUUCUGGAAAUUUUAAACCUGAAGAGGAGAAAGCGCCAUAUUUCUUCGCAAUAACAUUUAAAGAUACGCCUAUUUUUACUGGGCAAUAUAUUCCGAAGUUGUAGAUAUGUACUCAAUAGUUGACUACAAAAUAUAUAUAGUAGCAAUUUAUAAUGUAAUCGGUAAUUAAAUAGUUGACAUUAUUUCUUUAGAAACGUGUUUACUUGUUUUAGUAUUCGUUUGAUUUUCGGUCUUUACACAUAUGUAGGUUAUACGGUUCUUUCAUUUUACGAAACUAAAAUACGUAGGUAAUAAAAAUGCAUUUAUCAAGGAAAUAAACAAACCGGUUUGGGGGAAGUAUCAACGGCAAAAAUAACAAAAUAAUGGUUUUAAGUAACAUUAUAUUAUUAUAGAUUUAAGUUUUCGAAUCUCGACCUCUUCUCGCAUGGUAACUUGUGUUUUCCUUUAUUUCAUAAACUUUGCCUUCAUGCCGCGACCGUGUGUUGUUCCCUUCUUUUAGUCCGUGAUUGCCACAUGGACAGUCAAACAGUUUAUCAGGUAACACGAAUUUUCCUUGGAAGUGUAAAGCUUCGUCGUCGUUAGGCUCUUUAACGUGGCCCUUUGCCAUAAGGGGAAUAUUUCCCGCUUGUAUUAACUGUCUUAUAAGCCCUGGGUGUUGGACAUCCCUAUGAAUUUCUAGAUGGUCAAGUUUAUGAUCUUCUAAAUGAUCAUCCUUUGGUUGUUUCGUGGUUGUAUUGGUAGUCGUGGUAGGAGCAGCUGUGCUAUUGAUUUUCGAUGCUUGCCGCAAGUUAUUCUUCAGAUAUUGCAGUAAUAUCGAGUUUAUAACAUCCUUUUCCAGGUUUGCGGGAAAUGUCUUUUCGGCCGAUUGUGCUCGCAUUUUAGUUUGUGCUGUAGACGCCUCAGUCGGGGUUGUUUUAACGUCAUCGUAUAAGUCAUCGUAGCCCAGUAUUAUAGGAGGCAGGACUACAAGACUGGCUGUACGUUCGGGUUUGUCGUUUGCAGCUUCUGCAAGCUGAAAUAAUACCCGACGAGUAAAUAUUAAUAACUAUCAGUCAUCAAUGUUACUUAUGUUAUGAUACUUAGUACCUUUCUAUAGAAAAUAUAAAAAGGAAGUCAAUAUUCAA